CACUCUCAAUAGACCGUCAUCCAUUCCAUAAAGUCUCCAAUUUUUAAACUGGAUCAUACGCUGCUGCUACAUUAUAAAAUAUAGGAGCUGUGACCGAGACACUUGAACAAUUUUCUAGCCUAAUUUUCUGAGAAAUUCACCAACUACGUACUCUGAGCUAAGACUCCACCCUCCAACCUUAAUAAAGAAAACAAGUUUUUGACAACAUUUUCAAUGAAUUUCAAGUCCUUAAUGCAUUGUCCCCCUCAGCAUCACCACCCUCAUUUAAACACCACCUAGGUUUGCUCUCUUCUCCCUUAAUGGACUUCAAUCUGCUUUUAAUUCUCUCUCCACUCUUCAUUCAUUCAAAACUAGUUCUCCUCUCAAUUUGAUAACAAACAUGUACUUGAUUCAUUUACUUUGUUCACUUCCAUUUUCUGUUUUUCUCUGCUUGAUGAAAGUCACAACCUACCCCAAGUAAUACAUAUUACUAUAUAUAAAAGUGCUAUUUAUUUUUUUCUCUGAACUCUUGCAUUGCUGAGUUAUUCUAUUCAUGUCUUCUGUUUAUAUUCAAGAUCUGAGAGAACCCUUUUGUCUUCAUUCUUUUCUGUAACAUCUGGUAUGGAUCUUGUAAGCAAAAGAUACUUGAUCUAUGUGUCACAACAUGGGUCACAGGCUCUUUCUCCAAUCACAAGUCCUAGUAGUUCAAUCUUCCAUCCUCAUCUGCAUUCUUCUAGCACCAGUUUUCCCAUCAUUGCAAUUGCUAUUAUAGGAAUAAUGGCCACAGCUUUCUUGCUGGUGAGCUACUACAUCUUUGUGAUCAAAUGCUGCCUCAAUUGGCACCGUAUUGAUCUUUUAAGACGUUUCUCUCCAUCUAGGAGGCGUGAAGAUAGAUCACCAAUGUACUCACCAGGCACAGAAACUCGUGGAUUAGAUGAGGCUGUGAUCCGGUUAAUCCCAGUGAUUCAGUACAAAACACAAGGAAAUGGAGAGUUUGGAGAAAGAAGCACAUGUGAAUGUGCUGUUUGCUUGAAUGAGUUUCAAGAAGAUGAGAAACUCAGGAUUAUACCUAACUGCAGCCAUGUCUUUCACAUUGAUUGCAUAGAUGUUUGGCUUCAGAACAAUGCCAAUUGCCCUCUUUGUAGAACAAGCAUUUCCUUGACAAGCAGAUUCCAUAUUGAUCAGCUUCUUUCUCUAAGGCCUUCUUCCCCUCAAGAUCAAAACCCACCAAUGGAAAACCUCAUUGGUGGUGAUGAAGAUUUUGUCGUGAUUGAAUUGGGUAAUGAUCAUGGUAGAGGCCAAAAUUUGCAAGGAAGACAAGAAAGAGCCAAUGCUAUGGAGUUACCAACAUGUCCUGUUAGUCCUUCACGAAGGAAGUUGGAGCAUAGAACUGAGCAGAAGAAAGCAAUGAAACUUAAUAAAGUGACAAGCAUGGGGGAUGAGUGUAUUGAUAUUAGAGCCAAAGAUGACCAGUUUUCAGUUCAACCCAUCAGAAGGUCUUUCUCUAUGGAUUCAUCGGGAGAUAGACAAUUUUAUUUAGCAGUUCAAGAAGCUCUGAAGCAACGAAACAAGCAAGUCAAUAAUGAUGUAAGCUCCAUUGAAGGAUGCAGCGGAAGUGGUAGAGCCAAAAGAUCAUUCUUUUCCUUUGGACAUGGAAGUAGAUCCAGAAGUUCUGUGCAACCUGUUUAUUUGGCCCCCUGAAAACCGAAAUUCCUCUUUUGUUUUCCCUCCUCUCUCUUUCAAUUAUGUUUGCAACUUGCAAGUUUCUUAGAUUUUUAUUUUUCUUUUUUCUUUUUUUUUUGAGAUAGAGAUGUUAGAUGUAUGAAUAGGUCAUAGGAUUGUAUGACACACAAAUAUUCGAUUGGAUUUAAUUUUAAUUUGAAACCAUUAUUUGUCUAUUACGUUUAUGAGUGUAUAUAAUGGCAUGUUGUUGAGGUCUGGCUGGCCUAGUUUGUUUCAAACCGCAUGGAGCUAUGAUAAUGAGCAUCAUUGCUGAAAUCAUCACAUAUUAGCUUUACGAAGAAGAAAGUUUUCCCGCUAUGGAUCAAUUAUGUUAUUCCAUCAUUUCCAUGUCUUAUUCUAGAUAUAUCAAAAGGAGAAACAAGCAAAUCUGGCUUUAAAGAAAAGUACUGGUAGGAAUGAAGCAAAAAGAAAAAAAAAAAAAAAGGAAAAGUCGACCAAUUACCGAAUAGGAGAAUCCAAGGGUGAAUAAAGUGGAUAGGUAAAGGUAUCCCAAAAUUGAUUUAAAAAGAGCGAGCGAGGGGUCUUUUCUCAUUGAUAAAUAGUAUACACUAUACAACCACCAAAAUUAUAUUUCUGUACACACUGUGUCUGUGUGUGUUGUAAUGCUGGUAGAUGGAAAGAAAAGUUUGGUCAUAUUUGGUGGGUUUGGUGAUGCUUUUUUGUUCCACAGUUUCAUCUGUUUCCAGCUUGUGAGAAUCAAUCAUUAAUUUGCGGUUGAAAUAUUUUAUAUAACUAAUGAAAGAAUAGCAACACUUAUUGGUACUAGUUCAUCAUUGUAGUUAUGAUUUUUCCCAACCAAAUAUUUGUCUCCACAUGUUAAUUUCUUUUAAGCUCACUGGCAGGGUCAACUCUAAUUUAAAACAUAAUGUUGAUAUGAUCUUAACUCAUAUUUUACAUGAACUUUCACUCUAAAGUAAAUCACAGGGAACUUUUGUUCAAAGCAUCUCCUACUAUUCUUCUUUCUCAUAAUAGAGUCCUCCUAAGUGCUGCACUCUUUCAAGGCCAUGUGCACGUAAGCAUGGGCAGGGGCUACAAGAUCUGUUGCACACUUCAGGAACCCGUGAGAUGCUUCAUCUUUGUCAAAAGGUAAAGGGAAAAAACACGACAAAAAGUUCAAAGAAGUUAACUCAAUCCCCGAAAAUAGGAAAAAUAAUCUUCAGUGUCAUGGGGCCUCAUUGUCUCUUCUUGUUGGAAGCAACCUCACAAAUUUUCUUAUAAUAAACACAUCAAUUUAUUUCAAAACGUGCAUCUUUUAAAUUUGGGUCCGGCCCGUCCAGCAGAUUUAUUGGGCUUUACUCUUUCUCUGGGCUCUAAAAUGGGGAAGUUCUUUUGGUGCUCCAUUGUUUUUGUAUCUGUAUCCAUGUUGGGCUUUUUGGGCUACUUCCAGAAAUUACUUUUGAAAUUUCAUUGUAAAACCUCAAUUGCUAAUCUAUUUUUUUUAAUAAAUCCCUGUAGCUUCAACCACCAAGCUACCAUCAAGAGACACAAAUUCUGAAUCUCUUAAAUUCGAUUUUCAAACUUAUAAAGCGUAACAAUUACAAGGAAUUAAAUUGGCGAAAAGUAACUAGAUUUCGAUUCAUGGGCAGGUUCAGAUGGUUAAUUCAUGAUCAUAUUUGUGUCUGGCAGAAGUAAAAAUCUCAUAGCAUUAUCAAUUGAAGGUGAAAAAUGCAGAUAAUAUCUGUACUGAUUAGGCUGCAAACUAAUAUGUUGGAGAUAAUGGACGUUUCCUUAAAAACAUAAUCGGUCAACGCAUGAAAUAAAGAUGGAAGGCCUCGUAUAACUUAGUCAUAUUUGUCGUUUCAAGCCUUAUUUGGCGUGUCGUAUAAGAUAAGCAGCAACCUCUAGGAUAACUAUAAGAUCAAUUGUAGCACCAACCUCGACAGAUAUGAUACAUGUCAAUUCUUUCUUGUACUUCUUUUGGGUUUAGAAGCUAUAUUAAGAAAAUAAAGAGCCAUGCAAAUGGAGGCUGUGUAGUCUGAAAAUUUAACUAUCAGCAUAAGGAGGACGACAGGGUUAUUAUUUAAUAUUUUAAAUUUUAAUAAAUUUUGUAUAAACUUUAAUCAAUAGUAAAAUUUUGAAAACAUGAAACCUUGUUUUUUAAAUCACAAGUAUUUUUUUUUGGAAAGGUUGGUUUAAGUGAUACACUCUUAAUUUCUCUUUAAUAAGAUAUUGGGUUCAAAUUUUAUGUAUGAUUCCUUUUUUUUUUCAAAAUUAGUCUUAACAUAUUAUACAUAUAUUUAAGAUUUUCUUUAAAAGAAAUCAAACAUCUAUCACUUUAUCAUGGUGAAUAAAUUUUGAAGGAAGGAAAUGAUGUCCUAUUACAAGAUAGAAAAAGUCUCAAACUAAAACAUUAUUUAUAAAAGACUUACAAUCACUUCAAUCUAAGAAGAUAAUAUUACUUAAGUUAACUUCCAUUUUAUUUAAGUAACAAAGGAUUUAUUUUCAUUUAAAUAAAAGAUUAUACAUGUAAAAAUAUUCUCAGAAUUUUUUUUAAUACGUUUGUCAACAUGUCUAUUAGUAUUCCAUAUUAAAAAAAUAAAAUUAAAUGAUUUUUAUUUUUGUUAAAAAAAUAAACAAGGAAAAGUGAAAAAAAAAUUGCAUGAGUAAAUAUUCUAUUUAUUUCAUGAGAUAAAUAUAUGGGUUGGAUUUUUAGUUUUAGAAAAUAUGAUUAAAGACAAAAUUGUAA